UCAUGGGGCCGCACCGCAGCUGUUUCGAGUGUUCAGCAGUGGAUGGUUGGCGAGGAAGACCGAAGAAGGUAAAAGGAAGAAGAGUAGGUGAAGAAGAGAAUCAUGGCGACGAACAUUAGCUCUACGCCGUGAGUGCCCACUUCAGCCCCACAAGUACUCGAGCGUCGGCCUCGUGCUUCUGAGGAUGGCGUUCAACGGUCCCCGGCUCGCGUCCCGAGCACGGAUUGCGCGGUCGCUUUUGCCGCGACGCUGACAGAGCCGCAUCGGUUGUUUCUGUCCUCGGCAGACUUGAACCAGCUCGAGUCGUACGUGAAUAAAAUAAGGGAACUCGCGCGGGACUCAGAGAAUUGGGAAGGUAAAAGUACUCCGGUUUUAGAAGCGGGAAAAGUUGAGUUUUUUAAUAGUUAUGCUGCAGAGAAUGAGAAUGUCGUGCUGCUAGAAAGCUUGAAAAGGUCCAGUGCUGGGCAGGUGCUGCAGAACAGUCAGCUGGCCAAGAGGCCGAAUGGCUCCGUCUUCGUGGAUCCGAGAAGCGAACUGUUUUCUCUAAGUGCGAGGUGGUCUUCAGUCCAGUCGUUCGCCGUCGAUGCGGGCAUAUGUAUUCCAGUAGGGUUGUAUUCGUGACCGUGCGAGCGACGGAUCGGCAUCUUCGCAGGUGUUGAGGGGGCGCGCAUCACGUGCUGUUGCUGCCGUGGAGAGUCUCUAAUAGAGAUUUCCGUUAUGGCAUUCUGGGACCUCUUUGUCGUGGCGCUGAUGCCCGUUUUGAAGGUGCUCAUCAUCACGGGGAUCGGUCUAGUGCUCGCGUUGGAGCGCAUAAAUCUCCUGGGACAGAAUGCGCGGCGCUAUCUUAACGAACUUGUGUUCUAUGUGUUCGGUCCUGCACUCGUCUGUAGCUACUUGGCGGAGACGGUUACGCUGGAAAGCUUGGAGGAACUGUGGUUCAUGCCGGUGAACAUCCUGCUCACGUUCAUAAUUGGCUCGUUUCUCGCUUGGAUGGUGAACAUCAUCGCUAGGACUCCUCAACACCUACGGGGUCUCGUCAUGGGCUGCUGUGCUGCAGGAAAUUUAGGGAAUCUCCUUCUGAUCAUCAUCCCAGCCAUCUGCGACGAGUCGGAUAGUCCCUUUGGAGAUUCGACCACGUGCACUACCAAUGGAGACACUUACACCUCGCUUUCCAUGUCGAUAGGAGCGAUCUAUAUAUGGUCUUAUGUCUAUGUCAUCAUACGCAUAUCCGCAAAUAAAGCCCCGAGCACGCUAGGCGAGAAUGGGAGCAGAAUAAAGUCUCCCGAGCAGACAUCGGAAACCCAUGCAGAGAGUACUACCGAACCAUUUCUUCAGUCCAUAACCCUCGAAGAAAGUUCAGCCCCGGUCGAUUCUUCUAUCGUGGAGUCUGAGGGAAAGGAGACUUUUCUCCAAAGAAUUAGGAAGACGGCCAAGAUGCUCACCUGCGGAAUCAACCUGAAAAUGUUGCUAACUCCAAUAACAAUUGGAGCGAUCAUCGGGUUCAUCAUUGGGAUAGUCUCCCCAAUCCGUGACAUUCUCAUCGGCGACGAUGCUCCUCUCCGCUUCAUCGAGAGCUCCAUACUUUUACUGGGGGAAGCUUUAGUCCCAUCGCAGACUCUCAUAGUCGGAGCAAACCUCCUUCGAGGGCUGCAAAGAUCGGAAGUCAACAUCGUGGUGAUUAUAGGGGUCAUCCUCGUGAAGUACAUCGCCAUGCCGAUCAUCGGCGUCGGGGUCGUCAAGGCCGCGGCCCAUUUCGGGCUGGUGGGGUCGGAUCCGCUGUUCCAGUUCGUCCUCAUGCUUCAGUUCGCUCUGCCGCCGGCGAUGAGCGUCGGCACGAUCACGCAGCUGUUCGGGGCCGGCGAGGGCGAGUGCUCGGUGGUGAUGCUGUGGACUUACGCCGUGGCAGCUUUGUCGUUGACUCUUUGGUCAACCUUUUUCAUGUGGCUCGUGGCCUGAUAUUUUCUUUUCUUCUUUGUUUUUUUGGCAAGCAAUUUUUUUUUUUUAAAUAUCUAUUUCGACCCCAUUUCGAAUUUUUUUCUUGGCUUACCGAUCAUUUUAUUUUUCAUGAGAGUGGCUUGCCGAAUUUUGGGUUUGAUUUAAAUUACUUUUUGUUUUUGGUUUUUUCAAUUUUAUUUUUCUUAAUCACAUAUUAUGGGGGGCUCACAGGUUCACGAGCAUUCUUAUCGGUGUGAAAGAUUAGUUGAUGGUGAUAUUUUGUAUGGUUCAAUUCUUGGGAAUCAUGUGAAUUUUUCUUUAAAAUCUAAUAUUUGAUUUAUGAGCUA